AUGGCCGAGGCCGCCCUGGGCAUCGCCUUCGGACAGGCCAGCAUGGACGAGAUCACGUUCGUGCUGCCCAACACGCUGACCACGGCCUGCGGCGUCGCCAAGCUGGCCUUCUUCCUGAGCGACCGCCGGCGCUACUUCGCCCUGGUGCGGCGCACGGACCGCCUGGCGGCCCCACAGGAGGGGCUGGCGGCGGGGGCGGCGGGGGCGGCCGAGGCCGUGGGCCGCCGAGUGCGCGCCUUCGCGCUCUUCCUGGUCGCACUCGUCUGCGUCCAGGCCGUCGUCUGGUUCCCCAUGCCGCUCAUCGCCAGCCCGGGAGAGAGGAAACUGCCGUUCGGGCAGCUACCCUGGAGCAACUACACACAGGUGCCAUUGUACGAGUUAUCAUACGCACUGCAGUGCGUCUCGAGUUUCACCAUAGCUAUCAUCACCCUCGGCUUCGACUGCCUCUUCAUGGGGAUCAUGGAGUUGACGGCGUUGCAGCUGGACUUGCUGAGCUCACGGUUGAGCAGCUUGCGUCUCGAUGAAGCGGUCUGCAGCAGCGAGAAGAGUCGCGGACGUGGCUGUGUGGCUCAGACCGCCAAAGCUCGCGACGCCGCCCACAGGGAGCUGUGCCUCUGCAUCGAGAGGCACCAGGACAUCAUCAGAUACUUAGAGCACACUACAGUGGCGUCUCCACUAAGACUGGCCGCCCCUUUGUGCUCGCUGGAAAAGCAGAAACUGACAGCAGAUGAACCCCGCCUACCAGUUCGAGACCCGCUCGGCUCGUAUGUGAAGGUGCACAUUUACAUACGAGCCGAGCUGGUACCUUGA